AUGGUCAACAAAAAGCUCGUUCAGACCAAGACUUUGCCUGUUUUGCCUCGGUUGGUCUUGAGUAAGUCAGGAAACAGACAGGUCACGAAUAAGUGCUACGUUCUCAUGUCCUCUCUCUUGAACUGCUGGGCAGCAAACGGAGAAGGUUCCACUCAGUGUGCAGCUUUCGAACAUGAUCUAAAAACAUGUAUGGAGACAACAAAGCCAACAAGGGCUCCAGCAGACUCAUUCAAAUACCAUGCUAAUAGAUUGUACCCCAAGUUCACAAAGAAACUUGACUAA